UUAUAAAGGUGUUGAGAUCUUUUCCUACUAUGUAUGGGUCAUGGUUAUGGUUAUUCACCCUGUUUGUGGGAGGAGGAGCAGAGGAUGAAGCGUUGCAGUCUUUCGUUUCCUUCUUCUCCUCUGAAUCGGUUAAAUCAUUGUUGGAGAAUGUUCAGUUUCCCCUGAGUAUUAAAGAGACCAUCUUUCUGGUAUGUCAUCUGGUAAGCCUCCUCUAUACAGUCUGCAGCUUCUCUAGAAUAUGGGCUGAGAUUUCUAGAGAGGCUGAUAAAACUCCUGACCCAGGCAGAGGAAAUACUGAGUGGUGUGGAGAAUGGGAGGAUAUGGGUCAACUCCUCAAGGAAUUCUCUGACCCUGUAGUCUGGGAUUUUCCACGGGAACAAAUUCAGAAUCCAGUGGAGCUGGGGAAAUACCUGAAAGAGAGGUACCAUGAUGGCUCUAAGGGGGAAAAGAUGGCUGCAGUAAGCUGGGCCCUGGCACAUGCUUAUCGCACAUUGCUAGAGACUGUAGGGCAGCAGACAGAGGCAGGGGGGAAGGGAUACAAAUCAACAGCCACCCCAGUCACUCAGGCUACAGCCAACACCCCAGUUAUGAAGCCAGCAGCUAAACUAGAACCUGAGCCUGAGUUGGCAGCUAAAGCAAACACUAAGCCUAAGCUCCUGGCAGUUGCUCUGGCAAAGAAGCACACAGUCAAAACCGAUUGACCAGUGGACGAUGAUGACCCAAGAGAAGGACCUUCACCAAAAUCAGAAGCCAAAGCUUCUAACACAGGAUCAGAAGCAAAUAUUGAUUCCUUUUCCCUGAAGGACCUUCGGGGCCUAAGAAAAGAUUACUGGCGACAACCUGAUGAAUCUAUAAUUAGUUGGUUAGUCCGUCUUUGGGAUGCUGCAGGCGAGGCUACAAUUCUGGACAGCACUGAAGCGAGGCAUCUGGGAUCCCUGUCACAUGAUCCAGUCAUCGACCAGGAGAUGAUGAGAGAGGCUAGUCCUUGCAGUCUCUGGAUACGGGUCCUAGGAAGUGUGGCAGAAAGAUACUUGUGUGCAGAUGAUCUCUAUAUGCAGCAAACCCCAUGGAAGACCAUAGAACAAGGGAUUCAACGCUUGAGAGAAAUGGCAGUGGCAGAGAUGGUUUUCUCAGAUGAUAUAAACACUAGGAACCCAGACUUGGUAUCAUGUACAUCUGUGAUGUGGCGAAAACUUAUAUGACUCGGGCCAUUAGAAUACGCUUCUGCUUUAGCAGUAAUGAAGCGGGAGGACAUGGAGGAGACGGUGCUUGAUAUGGCAAAGAAGCUCCGAGCAUAUGCAGAUGCUGUGCAUGGCCCAACACAUGCCAGGAUCGCAGCUGUAGAAACACGUCUACAGAAACUAGAGGAUAAGAUAGAUGAGAAUCAUAAGAAACUCAGGGAGGAGUUUAGAGAGGACCUUCUCCAAAUCUCAGCAGUGCAGAUCAGAGGUUCUGGUACCCAACGUAGACGCUCCCCGGCUAGGGAGAGAGGAUACACUCCACGUGCUGAGCUGUGGUUCUUCCUGCGGGAUUGCGGAGAAAAUAUGAACAGAUGGGAUGGAAAAUCUACGGCUGCCCUGGCACAACGGGUGCGUGAAUUGAAGGAAGUCAAGACUCAAAGAGGGAGCUCCACCAAAAGGGAAACACAAGCUUUCCUAGGCGCCAUAGGUUUCUGGAGGAUGCACAUUCCUGAGUACAGCCAGAUUGUGAGCCCUCUCUACCUGGUCACCCGCAAGAAGAACGAUUUCCACUGGGGCCCUGAACAGCAACAAGCCUUUGCCCAGAUCAAGCAGGAGAUCGCUCAUGCUGUAGCCCUUGGCCCAGUCAGGACGGGACCAGAUGUGAAGAACGUGCUCUACUCAGCAGCUGGGAACAAUGGCCUGUCCUGGAGCCUUUGGCAGAAGGUGCCUGGGGAGACUCGGGGCCGACCACUGGGAUUCUGGAGCCGAAGCUACAGAGGGUCUGAAGCCAACUACACUCCAACAGAAAAGGAAAUCUUGGCCGCCUAUGAAGGAGUUCAAGCUGCCUCAGAAGUAGUAGGCACUGAAACCCAACUCCUGCUGGCACCUCGACUACCAGUGCUGGGAUGGAUGUUCAAAGCAGAGGUUCCCUCCACCCAUCAUGCCACUGAUGCCACAUGGAGCAAGUGGAUUGCUCUUAUUACACAGCGCACCCAUAUGGGUAAACUGAAUCGCCCUGGGAUUUUGGAAAUAAUUACCAAUUGGCCUGAGGGUGAAAACUUUGGCCUCACAGAUGAAGAACAAGAGCAAGUGACACGGGCUGAAGAGGCUCCACCAUACAACCAACUGCCAGCAGAGGAGACGCAUUAUGCCCUUUUCACUGACGGUUCCUGUCAUAUUGUAGGGAUGAACCGGAAGUGGAAAGCAGCCAUGUGGAGCCCCACACGACAGGUUGCUGAGGCCACUGAAGGAGAGGGUGGAUCAAGUCAACUUGAAGAACUCAAGGCUGUUCAAUUGGCCUUGGAUAUUGCUGAAAGAGAGGGGUGGCCGAGGCUCUACCUCUAUACCGAUUCAUGGAUGGUAGCCAAUGCUCUGUGGGGAUGGCUGAAGAGGUGGAAAGAGGCUAAUUGGCAGCGUGGAGGGAAACCAAUUUGGGCUGCUAAGGAGUGGAAAGACAUUGCUACCAGGGUAGAGAGACUACCUGUGAAAGUUCGCCACAUAGAUGCCCACAUCCCCAAGAGUAGAGCUAAUGAGGAGCAUCGAAACAACGAGCAGGUAGAUCAGGCAGCAAAAAUAGAAGUCUCAAAGAUUGAUUUAGAUUGGGAACACAAGGGAGAGUUGUUUUUAGCUCGAUGGGCCCAUGAUGCCUCAGGCCAUCAGGGCAGAGAUGCCACCUAUAAGUGGGCCCGAGACUGAGGGGUGGAUCUAACCAUGGACAGUAUUUCUCAGGUUAUCCACGACUGUGAGACGUGUGCUGCCAUCAAGCAGGCCAAGCGGGUGAAGCCCCUAUGGUAUGGCGGGCGAUGGUCCAAGUAUAAGUAUGGGGAAGCCUGGCAGGUUGACUACAUCACCCUUCCCCAAACCCGCCAAGGCAAGCGCUACGUGCUCACAAUGGUGGAAGCCACCACGGGGUGGCUGGAGACCUACCCUGUGCCCCAUGCUACUGCCCGAAACACCAUCCUGGGCCUUGAAAAGCAAGUCCUGUGGAGGCAUGGUACCCCCGAGAGAAUUGAGUCAGACAACGGGACUCAUUUCAAGAACAGCCUUAUUAACACCUGGGCUAGGGAACAUGGCAUUGAGUGGGUGUACCAUAUUCCCUACUAUGCACCCGCUGCAGGCAAAGUGGAGAGGCACAAUGCAUUGUUAAAAACCCAGUUGAAAGCAUUGGGUGGGGGAUCUUUCAAGAAUUGGGAGCAGCAUUUGGCAAAGGCCACCUGGUUGGUCAACACCCGAGGCUCCACCAACCGAGCAGGCCCUGCCCAGGCUGAGCCUCUGCAUACAAUAGAUGGAGAUAAAGUCCCAGUGGUGCAUGCCAGAGGUCUGUUAGGGAAGACAGUGUGGAUCAAGUCUGCCUCAAGUUCAGACAAACCCAUUCGUGGGGUUGUCUUUGCUCAGGGACCAGGUUGCACAUGGUGGAUAAUGCAGAAAGAUGGAACAACACGAUGUGUACCUCAGGGAGAUCUGAUUGUUGGGUGAGAAUCAUUUACAAACAUCACUGUCUGCUGAAUGUAAUUGCCAUUGUCUGUACAUUAAACCACGCAGAAAGAAAUAGAAGGAAAUAUGUAAGUGAGAGGGUAUGUGUUAAGUGUUGAAAAUAUGAGCAAGUGUUGAAGGUAUGAGUAAGUGAGAGAGGAAUCCUGCUGCCCUGCAGCCUGGGGCCUGGAUUCAGUGGCUCAGUGUGGAACGUGACAGGAGCAUGAUGGGUAUUGCUUGUAUUCUUUUUUUUUUUUUGUGGGGAGAAUGGAUGGAAGUUUUAUGUGGAAUAUGUUUUGGUUCUGCCUAAAGUCAACGAUAUGGGGAUAAGGGGUGGAAGAUGUCCUGGGGUGACUGUGUAUCCCCAAUCGUCUGUUGGGUGCAGGGGGGAGGGCAAGCGCGGUUUGUUUUUCCCCAGGAAAACUCUGCUCAUCAGAGUGACCUUGAAGCGGGGGAGCUGGAACACGGCAAGACGAAAGAAGCUCUGUUGUUUUUUCCCCCGGCAGUUAGUUAGUUUAGUGCUAGCGUAGUUAGACGCUGUAGAAUAGCUGAAGCUUUUUUGCCUUUUUUUUUCUUUUUAUUUUUUUGUCCUUUUUUUCCUUCCUUUUUGCUUUUUUUGCCCUCUCCUCGGAACUGUUCCAACCUCUCUGGACUAAGGACCUGGGGAAGCACCGGGGGCCUCCACAGGGGACCCACCCCACCAAGACCAGCCCUGCACAUCUCCUUUUCUCCCAACGUCAGCGGAGACGGAGCGGUGGAGCACAGUGACGACCCUCAAGAGGAGACUUUCUUUAAGUUUGUUAUCCCUCCUUGUGUUUGUAGGAGACAAGAUGAGCCAUUGUGAAGAUGAAGAAACUGUAACAGCACCUGGGCCUCGAAAACAGUCUGAACCAGGAAGGAGAACUUGAACUCUGCCCAGAACACCAGACAGCUUGCCAACAAAACAAAGGUGAAAAGUUUACUUCAAGGAAGAUGUUUCUGACUUCAUCUUUCAAGGCCAUUGACCCAUUUAAAAGCCCACCAACCCAUUCCAAGCGAGGAACUGCACAGGACUGACCAGGGAACAGACUCCCUUGGCAUGCCCCGGGAUUUCCUGGAGGGCCCCCGGCCCCCGGAUCACUCACUGCUGGGACAGACAACAGACUGCCUGAACUGCGGACAAAACGACUGCCCAGGUGCUCUGAUCUCUGAUGUUUCUAUGUGAGUUCUUCCUCCCUCACCAGCAUGGCCUUGAACGUCUAAUAACACGAGCUACCGUGGGAGAGAAAAAGACUCUAAACAGAUUUAACCCUUUCCUGGCAACAUGAAGCUUCCAGAGCUUAGCCCUUCUCUGAGAGAGAAAAGAAAGAGACAAAGUGAACAUAAAGAAGAAAGAGAAUGAAGUCAGUAGAGCGAGAGUAAAAAGACUAUUAGGACAGAGAGCUGAAGAGUUGGUUGUUCCAUUCUUAUUUAAGCCAUGGAAAUGAACUCUAUAUUUAGAUCAUUCCUUUAAAUCAUGGAAAAGAUAAGCAUUUGAGGAGAUGAUUAUUUAGAUUUACGUGUGGAUUUGAGCAAAAGCAUUUUUGAUGGACUAAGUGAUAUUAAUCCUAGAAGAUGCUUGAACAGAGAUAGAGAUGAAAAGCCCUCUGCGCCAGUGAAGAAGUGAGAAGAUAUCUCUGUACCUUGAGAUGGAGAAUCCUUUGCUUUUGGAGUUAUUCAUCUUUAAAAGGUGGCACCCCAAUAUGCAAAAGUCUAAGACCCAUGACCCAUAAGCAGCUUGGGAAACUGCUAAUGGGAAGGGUCACAUAGGCAGGUUUCCCCAGGCAGCUGUUUUUGUGACAGUUUAAAAAAACCCACAAGAGAACUGUUUUAGGUUGUUGGUGGGAUCCAUGACUCUAAGAGAGACUCUUCUCCUAAAGAAUUAAUGAAAGACUAUUGUCAUAUGGUGAAACUGACUGAAAAUUACAAGUUUUGUCUCUUUAUGUUGUUUUGUAGGAAAGUUAACAGUUUGUAAGGGGAGGGAAGAGUGUUUUUAGAGUUUCAUUCUGUUUUGUUUUAGUUUUUUUC